CGCGCCCCCGCGCGCAGCUCGCGGCCCCGGCCGUGGAGCCGAGCGGGCCCAGGGCUCUGGCGAGCUGAGGCGGCGGCGCCGGCCCGCGCGCCCCUUGGGGCCGCCCCCACAUCCCGCUCGCCGGCGUCUGGCUCUCACGAUGAUGAAGAAGAAGAAGUUUAAGUUUAAGGUGGACUUUGAGCUCGAGGAGCUCUCCUCGGUGCCCUUCGUCAACGGGGUCCUCUUCUGCAAGAUGCGGCUGCUGGACGGCGGCAGCUUCACCGCCGAGUCCCCCAGGGAGGUGGUGCAAGCAAACUGUGUUCACUGGAGGAAGAAGUUCUCAUUUAUGUGCAAAAUGAGUGCAAGUGCCACCACAGGCAUCUUAGAUCCUUGUAUCUACAGAGUAUCUGUGAGAAAGGAAUUAAAAGGUGGAAAAGCUUAUGCAAAGCUGGGCUUUGCAGAUCUAAACCUGGCAGAGUUUGCUGGAUCAGGAAAUACCACUCGUCGCUGUUUACUGGAAGGCUAUGAUACCAAAAAUACAAGACAGGAUAAUUCCAUUCUUAAAGUUUUGAUCAGUAUGCAGCUAAUGUCUGGUGACCCAUGUUUUAAAACGCCUCCUUCUACAUCAAUGUCUAUACCAAUUGCUGGUGAAUCUGAAUCUCUGGAAGAAGAUAGAAAAGGUGGAGAGACUCUCAAAAUCCAUCUUGGAAUAGCAGAUCUUUCAGCAAAGAGUGCCUCUGUUCCAGAUGAACUUGGUGCCUAUGGACAUUCUAGAACAUCAAGCUAUGCAAGCCAGCAGUCAAAAGUAUCAGGGUAUAGCACAUGCCACUCUCGGUCAUCUAGUUUCUCUGAGCUCUGCCACAGGAGAAAUACCUCAGAAGGAAGUACAUCAACAGGAAUUGAAAGUAAUCUAGAGCCAUGUGAUGAAAUUGAGCAAAAAAUAGCUGAACCAAAUUUUGACACAGUUGGUAGAGAAGAUACAGCUUCAGAAACACUCAACAGAUGCCCAGUGAAACAAGAUUCUGUAGAAUCUCAGCUGAAGCGAGUUGAUGACACCAGAGUGGAUGCAGAUGACAUUGUGGAGAAAAUAUUACAAAGUCAAGACUUCAGCCUGGAUUCCAGUGCAGAAGAAGAAGGACUGAGACUCUUUGUGGGUCCUGGGGGAAGGACGACCUUUGGUAGUCACCAUCUUCCAAACAGGGCAGGAUCUGGAGCUUAUGAACAAGUGGUGAUCAAACGCUAGAAGUCGAGCUGGUGAACUGAAGCUUCGCUGUGGGUUUAUGAUGUGGAGUAAUUGAGCUACCAAGGUACUUUAUUCAAGCACUUAUAAGAAAAUGAACCUAUUAAAAAUGAAGUAUGUUCAUCUAUCAAGAGGAAAGCCGACACUGAUUUCUUCCCUGAAAGAGCCCAUCCUUCCCCACUCACCAAAGAAAAUACCGGCAUGGUGGUGUCAAGGCAUGUGCUGUGUGCAUUUAGAGGGACACGGCCUCUGUGGUCACUGCACAUGAUAAGGAAAGGCCUGCUUUUUCUUUCAGACAUCCUGGUGGGGAGAAGAACACCCUCCAAGUGUAACCCUGAUGUGUGACAUGUAAGACCUGUAAUAGUGGUGCUCAACAGAGUUGGGCUCCACUUACUUAAAUUUUAUGUUUAAACCCUAUAAAUUCUGUCAAGAGAGUUAGAAUUCCUGUUAAGGAAAGCUUCCAUAUUAUACUACCUACAGUAUUGUACUAAGUUUAACUUUUUGAUGCAAUAAAUGAUAUAAAGUAUGGGUGUUUGUGCUUUGGGAAAAUGUUAUACUACAAUUUAACAAGUAAAAUUUUUAAUUAUAAACACAUCAGUCAUAACUUGAAUAACGUGUGUGUUUAAGUCUGAGACACGUGAAUGGGUCUAAUGCACUUUUUAUGCAGUAUGUACUGUUACCUGUUGAUGCUAGGUGAGCGGCCGAACUCCCAUUAGCACCGUAUAAGAAAUUCAGAAUAAGUUUAAUAUUUAAAAUGUUAGGCAACUGUAAGGCACCUUAACAUAACAUAAGAGCUAUUUUAACUAACUGAAUUAAUAUCUGCUGGUUUUAGGAGUCAAAAUUCAGAAAAACAGGAAGAAAAUUGUGAUUUGAUCAGAAACAGAGAGGCCUUUUCUAUGUUAAGACUUAUCUGAAACUGAGUAUUAUUCCAAGGAGGUAGUAGAUAAAAAAACCUGGGGCAGCUGCUUGACAUCACUGACAUGGGCCUGUGGUCUUCUAUUUCAGCCCCCCAUGAUCAGAUACUGUGUUUUCUUCUUCACUAUAUCAAAGUUAGUUGUUUUGAGGCAAAAACAGACCAUCUGAUCCGUGUUCAGUUUAACAGUAGAACAGAAAAACCAAACCUUAAACGUCUUUUUCUGGUGACAGUUUCAAUUUUGUUGAAUCAGUCACUGAAGAAAAAUGUAGUUUCUAUGGAACCAGUAUUUCCCAGUCCUUUCAAAAUGAUGUCCAAAAACAUAAUAUUUUAGAAUAGAAUUUGGUCUGGGUAUUUUCAUGUUGCCAAAAUAAGGGAAAAAAUAUAUUAUUAAGAAAACACUUUAAUAUCCAAAUUGGAGGUUUGGAAAAAUUUGAAUAGUUCAUGUUAGCAUUUUGGAUUGAAUAUUCCAAAUUAAUCCAAUACUACUUGACAAAUAGAUGCUGAGACUUUUAAAAAGAUGACACCCCAUUUUAGAAUAUUUUGAAUGUUCAGAGAUAGGGCUUCCUGAGUCAUUAAUUAUACUUCAUUUUUUAAGAUUUGUGUUAAGUAAAAAAAAUUGAACUGAAUAUUUUGGUCUAACCCAGGAAAAUGUUAUUUUAAGUGGUGAAGACUUGGCUGUCUGUGAAUAACAAGUGAACUGAUAACAUUCACUGUAUAUUGUGAGGGGAAAAAAUCAAAGUUUUUCACAGAGAUAUGAAGAUACUGUUUAGAGAUAUAUGUAUGACAUUUUAAAAACCUAUUUCUCUAUCUUUAAAAUGUUAUUUCUAGGCUAUCUUUUUUGUUGGCGCUUGUGCAAAUGCUUUUGCGGUUUUAAAAAUGAUAAAAGAAUGGAUUGUAAGCAAGGUUUAGUGAGGACUUCCUCCAGAUGUGUAAAAGGUGCUGUGAUCAGAGAAAUGCUUGUCUGACUCAUCCUUGGCUGCCCCUGGCCUCAUACCUUUAUACAAGACUGGCUGUCAGUAUUUAAAAUGAUAUAGAAUUAUUUUUAAAAAGCAAAAUAUGGAGAGAUUUUGAAAAACAAAAAUCAUGCCUUUAUAACUUUAGCAGCCACCAGCUACAUCUUGACAUAUGAUAGGAAAUCAAACAUUUUAAUAAACAGAACCAAUGACUGGGAAGAAAAAAUAAACAAAACCAAUGGUUAGGAAGAAAAAAAAAUAAUGGCUAUGUCCUCUGUCAUCAGUGAAAGUCUGGAUUCGUUAUACUCUGUUUUGUGUUCCAAGGGCGUACUCUGCAAUCAGAUUUCAGUAUAUUGAAAAUAAUUGUUCAUGUUUGCUUAAGUGUCUCCCUUAUUUCCUGUUUUUUCUUUCCUUAGAACAUGUACAGUGUAGCUAUACCUUAAUGAUGUAACUACUGAAAAAAAAUGUGCUUAUCAAAUACCAAGUCUACUUCUGGUUCCAUUUUGGGUUUAAACAUCAGAUUUGAAAAAUUAGAUCUUAAUCGUUUUUUAAUAUUAAAGUCAAAUUUCAAAUCACCCAUUUGGAGAAUUUGCAGAUGGGUGAAAAAAAAUAGUUUUUUUUUCUAAUUCUAUCCUAGAGAAAGAGAUUUUAAUGGUAUUUUAAAGCAAUAUAUUUUUGAUCAGGUAAGAGUCUUAAAUACCUUGUUUUGGGGGAAAUACAAAGGCAGGUAGGAGCCCACUUUCUGUGAUUUCAGCAGGUGACUUAGACCAGAGAGGAUGUGAAGGGGUAGUAAAGCACAGAGAAGGCUCCAGGCUGUCAGUUUACACUUUGACAGUUGACCUGCCUUUGUGGUGGUCUUGAAGGCUUCUGUAUAGAAAUUAACGUGGAUUAGUAUUUAUAAUCUGAGAAAGUCUUGACUAAGAAUCCUUAAGUCCACUGUCCCAUUCCAGCAAAUUCUAUGAGAGUUAUGGUAUCCAAGUUCAGUUCUUUUGUAUGUUUUUUGUCUUCUGUUUUGCAUGAAAACUGUGAACCACAGAGUGUAAGAUUAAUUUUAGCUGAAAUAAGCAGGCGAAGAGAGGCAACAAAGGGCCAGGUAGUUUAUUUGAAUGCCACCCCUGGGUGAUGUUCCGCGGUCUGGGUACUACAGGCCGGGGAAGUCACACCCAGUCAGGGAGGUGAGGGCUUAUAAGGGAUUAGGAGGGGGAGGAGUAGGCAAGCUAUCCUAGGGGGCGUGGAGAGGUAUGAUUGGCUAAAGGUGACAUAAUAGACAACUAGAAACUUUUUUCCUUCCAAGAGGGAGGAGGCUGACAUCCGGAUCUUAGUUGGCACAUCAGAAGGAUGGAGUUCAGGAAGAGCUGUCCCCUUUCCAUAUAUGGCACGGACUUUGGGGUCUGGUCUGUUCUCCCCCUAUGGCAUCUCUCUGUUCUGUUUGCAUGUCCUUGUUUUUUCUUCCUCCAGCCUAACACAGAGAUCUACCACUUAGCCCCUUUGUUGCUAGGAGGAAAAAAACUCCAGCUAUCCUCGUCAAAACAUAUUCAAGUAGCAUUGAGUAUUAAUUAAAAUAUCUAGGAGUAAUUCUAGACUUGAGAUUUCCAUGCUAACUAGACUGUUACAAGCUCAAGCUGACAGUAAUAUUAAAUACUUCAUUUCUUAAGUACUCUGAAGUAUUAGGCUUUCAGUAAAUAUAAAGCUCUGAAAGAGAUUGGACUCAUAUAACAGGGUUGCAUUUCAACAGGUCUUUAACUGAGGCAGUUCAGAAAUUAUACUUAGUUCUCUUAAAUGGUACAUCAUGUGAACAUAAUCAAGUACUGUAGCUGAAAUUGUUAUGCUGCUACUCGGAUGUUGGCAUGGGUACUAUGCAUAAUUUUAAUAGCUGAGAUGUUAAACAUUAAGUCUAAAAUAUAAAGGAUGAAAUAUGCCUAUGUUAACCCUGUUUUGAGACUGCUCUGGAUAUAAAGGCUUUAUUAUUCCCUUAUGUAUGUGACUUUUCAUAAUAAAUACAAAGUGUAUUUUAAAUGGUCAUGUGGGGGUAUCUCUAGUCUACCCCUCCAUGCCACAAGCCGGCAGAAUUUUUAAUUUACAGACAAUGCAGUUCGCAUUCACAAAUGUCUUUGCCCAUCUUAUGUAUAUAACAAAGAAAAUCCUGCUGAUAGUCAUUGAUCAAAUCCCAUGCAGAGGAAGACAUUUAGGAUAUAUUCAAUUUUUCUGGAAAUACAUCUUAAUUUGGGGUAUCACCUUCCUAUUAUGCAUUUAUUUGAUCCUUUGAAAGUUAAUGCUGUUGUGGGUAAUCAUGUAAAUGUCUUUAGAAAAAACUAUUGAAGUGAUUCCAUUAGUAUUCUGUUCUAAUACUUGGAGAAUGACCUUCAUAUUUAUAUAUCUUUGUUUUACUCUACAACUGUAAAUCCAGGAUGUGUUCUUUUCUUUUACAAAAACUAAUUUUUAUUGUAAAGUAUUUGUAAUAAUGUAAAGGUGAAUCUUAUAUACGUUCAAUAAAAAUUGUGUCUUAAAA